GGACAUAUAAUACAUAUACACCUUAUCGUUGGGAAACAGCAGCUGUUCAGUAAAUGUGAUCUUUGGAAUAUAAAUAAGCGAGAGACACGUCAGAGAAAUCAGAGCGUCCAGAGACACUGACAUCAGGAUUUCCAUCUGCUCAAUUCAGCAGAAAUCUGACCAUGAAGCUGCUAUCAGUCCUCCUCCUCCUCCUGGCUCCAGUAUUAACCAGCUGCAUCCCUCUGGUCCUCCCAGUGGACUGCAGCGACAUCUAUAAUAAUGACAACAGCCAGUCCACGGGAGUGUACACCAUCUAUCCCAUCGGAGCCACAUCUGCUGUUCAGGUGUACUGUGACAUGGACUCAGAAGGAGGACGGUGGACGGUGUUCCAGAGGAGGAUGGACGGCUCAGUGAACUUCUACAGACCCUGGGACCAGUACAAGACGGGCUUCGGUAGCGCUGCUGGAGAGUACUGGCUCGGUCUUGAGAAUCUCUUCCACCUGACUCUGAGGAAAAAGUACGAGCUGCUGGUUGACAUGGAGGACUUUGAGGGAAAUAAAGUGUUUGCUCGUUACUCCUCAUUCUCCAUUGACCCAGAGUCCCACGGAUACAGACUGAAUGUAUCUGGAUUCACUGAUGAAGGGGCAGGAGACGGACUGAGUUAUCACAACGGACAGAAGUUCUCCACCUUCGACAAAGACCAGGACUCCUCAGACAGGAACUGUGCCAAAUUCUUCCUGGGGGCGUUCUGGUACAAUGAUUGUCACCGUUCAAAUCCCAAUGGAGUUUAUCGUUGGGGGGCUGAUGGUACUAUCUUUGCUGUUGGAGUGGAGUGGAAACAUUGGAAGGGUCAUGACUACUCCCUGAAGACCAUCAGCAUGAAGAUCCGUCCUGUGCAGUAGUUCUCCAGGACCAAUGUACAGCAGAAUAUCAUCAGCUGACACCAACCUGUAAUCACACAUAACCUUCAGAUGGAAAAAAAGAUGGCAAAGCAGCUGUGAAAAGAUUUUGAACUAGUUUGAGCAAACUGUUUGGUGAAGGUUUUCAACCCUAAUGUGAAUCAUUAUCUGCUGGACGCUGACAAUAAAUGAGGAGCUGAGCAGAAA